AUGACUACUACCGCUCCCACCGUAUUAUGGGCACAACGUUCUAACGCUGAAGAUGCAGCAAAGAAUGUCAUCUAUUUGACUAUUCAAGUUGUUGAUCCGGUUAACACCAAAUUAGAUUUAACUUCGAGCAGCUUGAAGUUAACUGCUGAUUCCUCAGACAAGUCCAAACAUUAUGAUUUGAGCAUUGACUUCUACGAAGAAAUUGAUGAAGAGAACUCAAGAAAGAAUACCGAUAGUGGAUCCCAUAUCUAUUUGGUUUUGAGAAAAAAGACUCCCAAGGAAGAAUUCUGGCCAAGAUUGACCAAAGAAAAGUUGAAGUACCAUUAUAUUAAGACUGAUUUUGACAAAUGGGUCGACGAGGACGAACAAGAUGAAGAACCUGAGAAAGAAGAUGAUAUGGCGAACAUGAUGAAUCUUGGCGGAGGCGCUGGUGGACCUGGUGGACCUGGUGGCCCAGGAGGCCUUGACUUCGCCUCAAUGAUGGGUGGUGCUGGAGGUGCCGGUGGCCCAGGGGGAAUUGACUUUGCAUCAAUGAUGGGUGGCGCUGGUGGCGCUGGUGGCCCAGGAGGACUUGAUUUAGCAUCCUUGAUGGGUGGUGCUGGAGGUGCUGGAGACGGCAACUUUGAUAUCAGUCAAUUGGCUAGUCAAUUGGGACAAGCUGGAAGUGGAAAUGUCGAUGAUGCUGAUGAGGGAGAAGAUGGUGUUGAAGAAGUGGCCAAGUGA